AUGUGUAAAGGAUUUGGAUCUAGCCUCACGGGACCAGCUCUUCAGUGGUUUACGAACCUACCGAACGCGUCAAUCGACUCGUUCGCGUCAUUGACGGACCGCUUUGUUGAGCAAUUCGCGAGCAGCAGGAACAUAGAAAGGACAGCCGACGAUCUCUAUGAAGUGAUACAGAAGAGAGGAGAACCGUUGCGAUUACACAGUGAUUUGUACAAGGAACUGACGAAGUACCAGUGCAGAACGAUGGAAGAUGUGCUAUCUAGAGCAUGGGCUCAAAUAAGGUGGGAGGAAGAUCCUGCAUAUCGACACCUACUUUCCCCACGAUCUGAUUCACGCGUCAUUAGGAACGAGCGUCCCUCUCGAGAUGACAACCGUACCAGAGACCUCGCAAGUGAAAGCACUAGCAAGAGAAGCGACUAUAAGAGUAGUCACCAUCCCAUCAACCAAAUUGAGAGACGACCGACGCUCAUCAUCCACAUGGCCAGACAUCAGCAAUCUCGAUCUCUCAUGGUGAGCUGGUUGGUCUUAAUCAUAUAUCUGGAGUAA